GGCAGCAGCGGCUAAAGAAGAGGGGAGGACGGAGGCGGCGUCGGACUGGAGCCGAGCGGCUGCACUAGCAGCCCGGGGCGCUGUCGUGAGCUCGCCGGCUGGGCCCCCACCCCAGAGCUACACCCUGCCGUGCCCAGCCCUGCCCGCGUCGGUGCCCCCGCGGGGAGCGCGCCGAGGCUGCCCCCCGAAUGACGGGCGGAAGGUUCGACUUCGACGAUGGCGGCACCUACUGCGGCGGCUGGGAGGAGGGCAAGGCGCACGGGCAUGGCAUCUGCACGGGGCCCAAGGGCCAGGGCGAGUACUCGGGUUCCUGGUCGCACGGCUUCGAGGUGGUCGGAGGUUACACCUGGCCCAGCGGCAACACCUACCAGGGCUACUGGGCGCAGGGCAAGCGGCACGGGCUGGGGGUGGAAACGAAGGGCAAGUGGAUGUACCGGGGGGAGUGGUCACAUGGUUUCAAGGGGCGCUACGGGGUCCGGCAGAGCCUGUGCACCCCCGCACGCUACGAGGGUACCUGGAGUAACGGGCUGCAGGACGGGUACGGCGUGGAGACCUACGGGGACGGAGGUACCUACCAGGGCCAAUGGGCUGGCGGCAUGCGACAUGGCUACGGCGUGCGCCAGAGCGUGCCCUACGGCAUGGCCACUGUGAUCCGGUCCCCGCUGCGCACCUCACUGGCCUCGCUGCGCAGUGAGCAGAGCAACGGCAGUGUGCUCCACGAUGCAGCUGCUGCAGCAGAAAGCCCAGCGGGUACCCGCGGUGGCUUUGUGCUCAAUUUCCACGCAGACGCCGAGCUCCCAGGCAAAAAGAAGGGUGGCCUCUUUCGAAGGGGCUCCCUCCUAGGAAGCAUGAAACUUCGCAAGUCUGAAUCCAAGUCUUCCAUCUCAAGCAAGCGCAGCUCUGUCCGCAGCGAUGCGGCCAUGAGCAGAAUUAGUUCCAGUGAUGCCAACUCCACAAUCAGCUUCGGCGACAUAGAUUGUGAUUUUUGCCCCGUGGAAGACCAUGUUGAUGCCACCACCACGGAAACCUAUAUGGGCGAAUGGAAGAACGACAAGCGAAACGGUUUUGGCAUUAGCGAGCGCUCCAAUGGCAUGAAGUAUGAAGGCGAGUGGGCAAAUAACAAGAGGCAUGGAUAUGGCUGCACUGUGUUUCCUGACGGCUCUAAAGAAGAGGGAAAGUACAAAAAUAAUAUCCUGGUCCGUGGAAUAAGGAAGCAACUUAUACCCAUACGAAAUACAAAAACUAGGGAGAAAGUGGACAGAGCAAUUGAAGGAGCACAGAGGGCUGCUGCCAUGGCGAGAACCAAAGUGGAAAUAGCAAAUUCAAGGACCGCACAUGCGAGAGCAAAAGCCGACGCCGCUGACCAGGCUGCACUGGCCGCCCGGCAGGAGUGUGACAUCGCCAGAGCUGUGGCCCGGGAGCUGUCUCCUGACUUCUACCAACCAGGCCCAGAUUAUAUCAAACAGAGAUUUCAGGAAGGUGUAGAUGCUAAAGAAAAUCCAGAAGAGAAGGUCCCAGAAAAGUCACCUACCCCAAAGGAAUCUCCUCAUUUUUAUCGCAAAGGCACGACACCACCAAGGUCUCCUGAGCCAAGUCCCAAACAGAGUCGCUCUCCACAGCCUUCCCCAAAAUCCACAAAGAAGCAGAACCCCAGCUCAAGGGCAAGACAUAACCAAGACAAAAGGAGUGUGGCCGAUGAGCAGGUGACAGCUAUUGUCAAUAAGCCCUUGAUGUCAAAGGCUCCGUCAAAGGAAGCAGGCCUGCCACCAUCCAAGUACUCUGGCCGCCACCACAUCCCUAACCCCAGUAAUGGGGAGCUGCACUCUCAGUACCAUGGCUACUACGUGAAACUGAAUGCCCCCCAGCACCCUCCAGAUGAAGCAGAGGAAAACAGCAGAUCGAGCCAAUCUUCCUCAGCACUGGUGCACAAGCCAUCACCCAACAAGUGGAAUGCCCCUAAAUCUGUGACAAAAUCAGUUGCCAAAGAAAGCAAAGCUGAGCCAAAAGCUAAGAAGUCUGAACUUGCUAUACCAAAGAAUCCAGCAAGCAACGAAUCGUACCCUUCUUUGGAAAAGGAAGCUAAUUCAGGCCCUAAUUCAGUCAUGAUUGUCCUCGUCAUGCUGUUGAAUAUCGGCUUGGCCAUUCUCUUUGUUCACUUUCUAACUUGAUUGGAAUAAAGAGUAGGGAGCUGGGGAAACAAACGACAGCCUGAGGAAUGCGGUCGGAGGAUUGUGUUGCUGUGGCCGCGGUUCCAACAUUCACUCCUAUCUCAUUAGAAGAAAUAGGUAGCAGCCUCACUCACCAGUCUUAUGCCAUGACCUGCUGCUUUAACAUCUCCUGGAAUGUUCUGGGAGAGAACGUUGCGUUUGCUUGUGCACGACUAUGUUCAUUUUUGCUGUUGAUUUAAAUAUGAUGUAUAGUCACCUACAACGUGUGGGCCUGGCUGGAUGAAACGUACAUGUGCUGCAGCUCAAGGAAAAGAGACAACAGAAUUCUGGAGUAAAUGUGUUUGAUAGCAAUACAUUAUUUCUCGUGUCAUUUGGUCUUCCUACACCUGUAAAAAUCUUUACAAUUUGAAGGUAUUAACCUUCCUAUUGAAAGUAUAUUUAGCAAGAUGAAUUAUUUAUGCACCUGGGAGAUGCUAAAUUUUAAAAGCUGAAAGACAACAGAAUUCUAAGAAGUGUAGUCAAAACGUUGCAUGGAUUGCAGUAAUCAGUGUAUAAAGGAUCUAGUUUCAUUGCUGACGUACUUUACAACCAAAUAAAAUCUUGUCAGUGGCUAUGUUAAUUCCCAUGAAAGUUAAGCAAGAUGCUAUUAAUAACUGCUUUUUUUUUUUCAACAAAUUUUUGUUGAAUACAUUCAGGUAGAGCAUAAAGGUUUGUUAAGUCACUGCUUCUCAAUCUUAUGCCUUUCAUGUU